UGUUCUCAUGUGUUAUUUGAUGAAGACUAUUGACACUUCUACCAUGAAGUUGGCUUGUGGAUCUGGCAGAGUUCUAGAGGUUAAUAGAGACACUGUUCAUCAGGUGUUUGGUUUUCCUAUAGGAGGCGAUACUCCUAUACUGCCUGCAGAAUCUGGACAUGACGAGUCAUUGGCUCUUUUGAAACAAGAGCUUGGGUUCGAAAGCAAUGCUAGUAUUGAGCCUAAAGAUCUGCGUCAAUUGUUAUCUGAUCUUGUUGAAGACCCCGAGAAGGAAGAUUUGGCUGUUAAGGUCUUCUUUGCCAUUCUUUUUAGCAAGCUCAUAUGUCCUGGUUCAGCUACCCGUGUCGGUAGGGAAGCUGCAAUGCUUGUGAACAUGGAUUAUGAUAAGAUGGCAAAGAUGGAUUAUUGCCAGCUUGUUGUUGAUGAGUUGAAACGAGCUGCUACUAAAUAUCAAGACCCUGAUAUCCCUCAGGCUGGGUUAGAAGGGUGUGCUGUUAUCCCCACUGUUAUGUAUCUUGACAGCAUCUUUCUACCACCACAUUCUGUCAUGCAUACUCAAACUCCUCGCGCAAACUUUCUGCAUGAGAAACCUCUGAAGGCUAUUUACAAAAUGGACAUUCAAAAGAAUGGUGGACCAGAGUUGAUGAAGUACAAGUUUGGCAGAAUUGUGUGGAAAGGCCGCAACCAAAUUGCUUAUUCAUAUCGGUAUCGUGUUGAAGAUUUAAUUGUCAAUCUUAAUGAGGGCACCCAUCGUAGUGAGCCUGAUGCUGGUAAUGCCAAUGAACAUCCUGCUGGAGGUCAUUGCGAGAUUCCAAUUUCGCAAAUUGCUAAUGUCAAGACGAAAGACAAUCACCAGUCUGCUUCAACUAGUGCUGGGAUGCCUUCUGCUGGUGUUAUUGAUCAGAUUGGAUCACUGUUGCAGAAAGUUGAGCAUCUCUCUCGUACGAUUCCGACUACAGCUGAUCGUCUGAAACAAUUUCAAGGUCGGCUUGCUGAUGGUAAUUUCCCCAGUGUUGAAGCACUGGAUGAGCAGUCAAAGCGUGAAACAUCGCUCCUUGAUAGCUUGAGGGGGGCUUUGUCUCUAAUGCGCACAGGUUUUCUUGAUUUUGGUAUGAAUCAGGACUCUUUGUGCAAGCAGUUUGAGAGCCGUGCAAAUGUAUCAGGCAAUAAUAGUGUUGAAAGUAAUGUUCAGAAGAAUAUUUCUUCUUCUGUUGAAGAUGUUGAUGCAGGACUUGGUCAGUCAGCUGCUGAAGCUGAGGAAGAUGCUAGGAUUGCUGAGGAAAAUGCACCUCAGAAUUCAGGAGAUGGUGAUCAUGCACCUGUGAAUGAUGGGUUUGUUCGUCCGCCAACCCCUCAAUGUCCUCCAGCUUUUGCUGGUGAUCAUGUUGAAGAUGCAGUUUUUGAUAAAUCACCUCCUUUAGCUGAGGUAAAUGAAAAGUGUGUUGAGAAGGAUGGUCUUCCAGAUGACAGUGAUGACAAUUCAUCUGUUGAUCGUUAUUAUGUCAAGCAUAAUUUUGUACAUCCGGCAACCCCUGUAACUCCUCCUUUAGAUGACAGUGAUGGUAAUUCUGGUGGUGCCGGUGACAAAGUUGCUGAUCAUUAUUCUGAGUUAGACUCUGUUGGAAAGGGGAAUUUAUUUCCCGAGAUAGUUGCACAUUCUGAUGGAGACAAAGAUGCUGAACACCAUGUUGAAGAUUGUGCAGUUACUGGAAAAGGUUUCUCAAUUCCUGAAGAUCUUGUAACAUGUCAGGAUGGAAAUGAUGCGAAGGAUGCUGCCCAACUACCUGGCAUUGGUGCAGUUGUUUCCGAAACAUGUGCUGAGGCUGCUGAUGAUGUUGGUGUAUUACCAGCUGCUAUGGAUUGUAAGUCUGUUGUUGCGCAUGGUCGUGAGGAAGUAGGUGUUGCUGCUGCACGGGGAGAACUGCCGGGUACUGAAGCCAAUAUAGAGCGCAGCACUAGUGCUGAUGAUGAUGACAAUAAUGAGUUUCAGGCUGGAGAUAACCAUGGACGCGAUGCAUCUGAUUCGAUUGAGCAGUCGAGCUCAUUCUUUGAAGAAUCAACAGAUGACUUGAGCGCUUCUAUUGAAGAAUCCCCGCAAGACUUAGGCAAGGAUAUCUGAAUGGGGAACAUACAGUUCUCCUACCCCACACACCCUCCCCUAAUGCUAGCCCGCCUUUUUAUUCUUUAUGUU